UGGGGAUGCAGAGUUUGACGCGUCGCAGUGCGCGAUUGCUCGCUUCGUCCGCCACCGCCAUCCAUGCCGCCCCGGCCACACAUAACACGCCUUCCAAGAGCGAAUCCCCUCUCGUCCAAUCGACCCGGGCGGAAUCACGCGUGGCAUCGUCGCCUCGCUCCAAACGCACGCACUCGCAAGCGACCGAGCCAAGUGCUGCUGCUGCUGCUGCUGUUCCCUCUCCGAGUCACUCGAUCGCCGCCGAGGCACAGAGCACUGAGCAAGCAGCAUCCUCAAGCAGUAGUGCACCUUCUUCACGCUCAAAGCGAGCUCGGAUUCAAGAGCCGGCCGAGCAAGGCAGCGCGCCAACUCCGACAACCGCUGCUGCCAAGCCAACGGUGGCGCGACGUGCCAGGACGAACAAGAGCACCAGCAAUGAUUCCAGCUCCAACUCAACGAUUGCAAGUGUCAAAGUAGAGGCUGCAGACCAAGCAAUUCCGGCUGCAGGCUCCUCUCCAUCAGGAAUCGGCAGUUUGCCGCUGUCGACCUUGUCAACCACUGUUUCGCGACUCGUUGGCUACCACGUUUCAACAGCGGGAGGCGUGCAAAAUGCUCCCGUGAAUGCGGCGCUGGUUGGUGCAACGGCAUUCGCCAUGGACACGCGAUCCAAGCGGAAAUGGGACUCUCCGCCCUACACGGCGGCGACAAUUCAAGCCUUCCGGAAAGCAUGUUGCGAACAUGGAUACCAGCCUCACCAGAUAUUGCCUCACGGAAGCUACUUGAUCAAUGCCGGUAGUCCAGUGCCCGAGAUCCUGGCCAAGAGCCGCGCCGCACUCAUCGAGGAGGUCCAGCGAUGCGAGCAGCUGGGAUUAUCCCAGUACAACUUCCAUCCAGGGAGCACGGUUGGACUUUGCACCACAGAAAAGUGCAUUGAAACUAUUGCGGAAUCCAUUGAUCUGGCUGUCGGGGCUUCAAAGGCUGUGACUGUCGUGGUAGAAUCAAUGACGGGUUCUGGCAAUGUGAUUGGAGGUAAAUUCGAGCAUCUUCGAGACAUUAUCGCGCACGUCAAGGACAAGACUCGGAUUGGCGUGUGUCUUGAUACCUGUCAUAUGUUUGCUGCUGGCUUUGAUCUGAGGACAAGAGCCGAGUACGACAAAGUUAUGAACGACUUUGACCGGAUUGUGGGUUUCCAGUAUCUGCGCGGCCUGCACUUGAAUGACUCCAAAGGCGAGCUGGGUUGCAAUCGGGAUCGACACGAAAAUAUCGGAAAAGGAAAGCUGGGCCUCUCUGCUUUCGAAUUAAUCAUGAACGACGAGCGUUUCCGCAAUAUUCCCAUGAUCUUAGAAACCCCUGUAUCAGCAGAAGUCGAAUCCGAUGGCUACAAGAAGGAAAUCGAAUUGCUACAAAGUAUGGUUCGAACGGGCAAAUAGCAGCGAGGAAGCAGCAUUGCUUACACUUGCCCUUUGACUGGGUCCCCGCGCAAAGCAAUCACUCGAAUUGUACAUGAAUCAAUUUUUUUUGUUUCAAUUUUUUCAAAUAAGAUUUUCAUACACAUCA